UUUUGUUUCUGUCAUUUCUCUGGUAUGCUGCAUAACUAGCCAGUAACCAGUGUGAGGUUUCUGAGUGUAUUUCCUUGCCCUGGUCAUCUGACUUGCACUGCUGCAGAUCUCACUCUGUAUUUGAGAUUGCUCCCAGCAAGAUGAAGGAUAUUGUGAAAAAGCCAGCUAUCUCUUUAGGGUUUAUUUUUAUACUUUUCAUACAGCACAGCACCUCCAGAUUAUCAUCUGAUGCAGCCAUCCAGCAACAGAGUCCAAAAUAUAUUUCCAUCACAGCUAACAGGGACACUUGUAUAGGGUGUUUUCUUCUGGUGUCUGUUAUUGAACAGCUUGCUCAGGUGCAUAACACCACAGUGCUGAAGUCCAUGGAGUUAUUGUGUUCAUAUCUACCAGAGGAAUAUGCUCUCAGGGGAAUGUGCACCAUGCUAGCUGAAAUUUUUGGACCAGAACUAGUCAAGUUGUUUAGUCAUAACUGGAACGCUGAUGUGAUUUGCCAUGCAAUCAAUUUAUGCAAUACUGACCCAAGGUAUCCUAUUUGUCACCUGUCCCCAAAAUCGAAGAAAGGAUUCAAAAAGUCAAUAAAGAAAGCUGAGAAGAUUGUGAAACAGUCCACAUAUCUGCAGAGCUCAGAAGUUAUUUCAGGAGUUCUCAUCAAAAUAUGUUCAAUUCCAUUUCUCAAAAGGAUCUGUGAAAUUCUAGAAUCUUCAAUACCAUUGCAAGAUUUUGAUAAAGACAAUUUCAGCUCUUUUCCUACCAUGAGAGGAUAUGAUUGGAGAGGAAGAGAUUGCAAUGAUGCCAAUAACUCUGUGUAUCCUGGAAGAAGACCAGCUAACUGGGAUUCUGUACAAGACAGCAACUGCAAUGGAAUUUCAGGUGUCGACACAGAAGAUGGAAUACCUUAUGAAAAAAAGUUCUGUGAAGGUACAGAUGCUAAGGGCAUAAUUCUUCUAGGAGACUCAGCUGGGGCACAUUUCCACAUACCCCCGGAGUGGCUCACAGCAAAAACCAUGUCUGAGAAGACCUUUUCUAACCUGCCACUUGCUAUAUCCAAUGAAUUAGACUGGCCCCAAUUCUCACAAUAUACUGGAUAUGAAAAUUCUACAAUUGGAGGCUGGACAAAUUCAUUAUACCUACGUUUAAGGAAAAGUAACCGUUGCAACCAUAGAGACUACCAGAAUAUCUCCAGAAAUGGUGGCUCAUCUCAUAAUUUACUGGAUUUUUUAAAAAGUUUGGCAAGAAAUCAACAACUAGACAAACCUGCUGUUGUAUUUUAUGCCAUGAUUGGGAAUGAUGUAUGCAAUGCCCAUGCAGAUACACUAAGUCAAAUGACUACACCUCAGAAAAUGUUAUCAAAUGUUAUGGGGACCCUGGAAUAUUUGGAUUCUCAUCUCCCAAAUGGAAGUCACGUGAUCUUCAUAGGUCUAGCUGAUGGUCGAUUCUUGUGGGAUACUUUACACAACAGAUACCAUCCAAUUGGUGAAUUAAAUAAGGAUGUUACGUAUGCACAACUGUACAGUUUUCUCAGCUGCCUUCAGAGCAACCCCUGUGAAGGAUGGAUGAACCAGAAUGAAACGCUCCGAAAUUUAACAACAGAGAGAGCAGAACAGCUUUCCAAUGUCCUUAAAGAAAUAGCUUUAUCGAAGAAGUUUAAGAAUUUUGAUGUGUUUUACAUUGAACACCUGUAUCAGAAAGUGAUCUCUGAAUGGACAAAAAUGGGAAAAGCGCCCUGGGACCUGAUAGAACCAGUAGAUGGAUUUCAUCCCAAUCAGAUUGCAUCAGCACUAGGAGCAGAUAUCAUUUGGAAAGAAGUAACACAAACAUGGCCAGAAGUUUUUGGCAAAGAGAAUCCAUACAAUGAAGCAAUUAUAGCAAAGUUUGCUGACCAAGGAGGGCACUAAAUUGCAGUGAGAAUACGCUGUGGAACCUGUGUGUCCAUUUCAUUGUAACACAUGAUAUUUUAUUCAUUUAAAGACCCAGAGUGCACAUUUGAGAAAUAUAGAGAUACCAUAAAAUAGUCCUUUGUUAAUUUUCAGAAUAAAAGAAUGUUUAAAUCUA